UUGUUAUACACUUUAUUUCUUUAUUUAAUGUAUUGGUAAGGCCAGUCUUGCACGUGCUCCUGGGGACUCUCCCCCUUUCACCCCCUCUUUACUUCAAUGCCAUUUUUUCCCACUCAAUUACACUUUCUGACGCUCUGCUUCCCUUAAUUUUGUUUGCAUCUUCCCUUCCCAUCUCUUUCCUUUUCACUCUCUUAGCAGGAAAAAAGUAAGCGACUUGGGAAGAAAAACGCAUGUCUUUGAUAUGAAAAGAGAGCAAUAACAAUAACAAGGAAAAGAUUCGUAGGUUGGAGAAUCUCAAGAGAUAUUAUUGCUUUGGAAGAUAGCAACAUGAUGGAAGGAAUCAAAGGGAGAGGAAGAGUUGGUGUUGGUGAAGAAGAUAUGGGAGACGGUAUGCUGUGCAGUGAUCAUCCAUAUAGAAAUAACGCUGGCGGGAUCUGUGCAUUUUGCCUUCAGGAAAAGCUAGGGAAGUUGGUUUCUUCUUCUUUUCCUUUACCUAUUCGUGGGUCAUCCUCAUCUUCUUCCUCUCCUUCUUUUAGAUCUGAUACUGGCGUCGUUGCUGCUAGUUGUGGCAAUGGUGUUGUCGAUACUUCUUCUUCUUCAUCUCUUUCUCUCUCUCUGUCUGUUCGUCCCACGACAACAAAAAGUAGGAACGAUAGUGGCAAUAAUAGUCAUUAUCAAGAAUAUCAUACAAGGCGGGCCAGGAUCCCCUUCCUUUUGGCAAAGAAGAAGAAGAAGAUCGUGGUGGCGUUAUCAGAUCAUCAUCAUGCUGCUGCUGCUGAUAUCGUUUUUAAGAGAAGCAAGUCGACUACAACUCCAAGGAGAGGCCGGUUCUUGGAUGCUUCUGUUGAUGAUGCUGAGGACUUUAGCCCCAGAAGGAGAGGUGGUUUCUGGUCAUUUCUUUAUCUUUCUGCCAAGUCCCAUAGUACCAGAAAGCUAGAUAAGAUUGCUUCUGUAGCAGCACAGGCAGCAGCAGUAACAACAUCAACAGCAACACCAGCAGCAGUAGGAGCUGCAGCCACUGGUUCUGUUGUGAAUCCAAAGGAGAAAUGCUUGGGAUCAUCAUUGUCCAGGAAGGGAGGCAUUGUAGUAGUGGAGGAUGAUGAUAGUCCUAAUAGUCAAGCCACUCCUGCAUCAUCAUUUGAGCGCAAGGUUUCAAGAUCUAGAUCUGUUGGUUGUGGAAGCAGGAGUUUCUCUGGUGAUUUCUUUGAAAGAAUCUCAACUGGGUUUGGGGAUUGCACUCUCAGGAGAGUGGAGUCACAAAGGGAAGGCAAACCAAAAGUUGCUGCCUCAUCAUCUGCAAUGAAAGAAAGGGUCAAGUGUGGUGGCAUUUUUGGUGGUUUCAUCAUGACCUCUUCUUCAUCAUCCUCAUCCUCGUCUUCUUACUGGGUAUCCACUUCAGCUGAGGAUGUUAAUGGGAAAUCAACGGCUGGAACUCUUGUUCAUGGGAGGAGUAAGAGUUGGAGUUGGGCUUUUGCCAGUCCCAUGAGAGCCUUCAGCAAGGCUUCUUCUGGUAAGAGAGAUACCAUCAUUAGAGAAUCAAACAACGAGAACACAACUUCCAACCUGGCUGCAUUUCCUUGUUAGCUGUUAGAGGCUAAAGAGAAGAACUUUGAGGGCUCUUGAUUUCGGUUAAUACACAUUACAUUUAGUUACCUGUUUAUUUCUGUGUUUAUGAUCUUUCUUGGACUCUAUUCCAUUAGUAAUGUAACACUAGUUUCUUUUUUUUUAUUGUUUCUAUAUAUCUGCAAAUAAUUCCGUUCUACAAAGUUGCUGGUCCUGUUGGUUGGCUGAGAUUAGCACUGAAUUUGGAGUACUAUUAUCCAAAACUCUGAGUUUGGCAAAGUGGAAACUGGUUCGAGGAGGAGAAGAUUUGUUUGACUAGUAUUAUAAUUAUGAUCUGUUCACUUUGUGAUCUGAAGAAGUUUUCUGU